GUGUUUCAUUGAAUGGUCGCAUUUCGUUUGAUAUCAUCGGAAACAAAAUGUAUGAAUUUACUCAAGUCGGGUUCGGAGAACAUAAUUUUAUUUUGCUUGUCGGAUUGGAUCAAAGCGUACAAUCCAAAACAAUGAAUGUAAACAACAACAACUUGCUGUUUCAUGCAGUGUGAGGAAUGAAUAUUGACGGAUCCACUGAAACAGAGAAGGAUGUGAAAAGUUCAAUUGGCCCUGCUGAUGAAGAAAAUGAUGAGGAAUCUAGAAUCAUCAGAAAAGGGGUAAACACUAAUGAAAGUAGAGAACAGAGUAGCCUGCAGUUGAGAGAAACUGAUACAAUGGAUGUUAAUGAUGGAUCCAUAGAAAGCAGUAAUGAAGCCACUGUAACCAGGGAAAAAAUAAAUACGGACACGUUACACACUAUAGAUAUUAGUGAACUACGGGAGCCACCUGUUAAAGUUACACCGAGAACACCUACAAGGGGAAUCAAAAGAAGCCAAGGAAAAUCAACUUUGAUAAAGAGCUGCAAGAGAAAAAAGUUGUCUUUGAGCAAGCAGCCCUCUGAAGGGGAUGAUUUGUCCCAAGGAGAGGAAGCCCUGGCUGACAACGAGUGUUCCGAUGAUUCUGACAGUGAGGGCUGGCAUAUUCUUGAAGAGGAGUCUGAGGGGGAACUGGAGAAAGCACUCGAGGAGAAUGCCAGUAGAAAUAAACUGACUGCCUACAAUGUCAAAACAAUACUUCAUCAAGUCAUCACAAAUGAGCAUGUGGUUGCCAUGGUGAGGAAUACCAUAUUAAAUGAGGUCACUUCGAAAGAUGAAUUGAAGGAAGCAGCCUAUGAACCUAAAAUGACAAGGGCAAAGGUCAAGAAAGCAAUCGAGGAAAAGGGGGAUGUGAUGCAUCCUUGGCCUUUAACACCACUAAAGAAGAAGGAAGAACAUGUGAAAACCAUUCUGGACAUUGAACUGAGCGAGGAGGAGGAGGAGGAUGAUGAUUACAACCCGGAGAAGGAGAAAGAGGGGAGUUUCAGUGAUGAGGACAGUGAGAGUGUAACAUCAUCACAGGUCAGUGACAUUGGCUCUCCUUGUCCCUCCACUCCACUCACCCCCAGGACUCCUACAUCCUCCCUGGGGUCAGCUGCAGACCUCCAUACCACCCCCACUACAGAGAAAGAAUAUAAAGGGCCAUUUCUUAGCCCCAUGGGUCCACCUAGGCUUAUUCCAUCAUAUCGGCAAUCUCUGAGUAAGAAGUUUCAGGAAGCUGAAGAAAUGAGGGAGAGAUUACGGGAGGAGCAGACAAUAGCAGCCAGAACUCGGUCCAAGCUGUCCUUAGAGGACACCUCCAUCAUUGACCUUGAGUCGACCUUUGUCCCCCCGGACUUCACCCCUGACAUGUACGACACUCAGUGUGAGGAUGAGGACUGGCAGGGAUUUCUUCAAUCUCUCUACAAACCUCCAGAAUCUGAGAACACUAAUGAUGGUAUGGAUGACGAGGAGAAGGACCCAGAGUAUAAUUACCUGGCAGAAGUGGACGACCUUAUUGACAGUGAUGAGGAGUUACGAGAUGACCGCGCUGUCAAGAUAUCCAAGAAGGAAAUGAAUGAGCUGAUGGAUGAACUCUUUGAUUACUACCAAGAGACCCAGCCAAUGGAGGAAGAAGAGAAAAAAGUCAUGAAGUUUAAAGCAAAAGCUCAUUACAAAAGACAGGCGUCAGAAUCAGAUGGACAGCAGAGUGCUGAGAGUCAGAGUUACGUGAUGUCUGAUAACGAAAGGGAGCAGAUAGCUGACCAGAUGAGGAAGCAUGUACAGCUGUUGACGCAGAUGUAUGUAUCGGCCAUGGGAAAUCAGUCCGAGUACAAAGAGGUCGCUGAUUACAGCAAGAAUCUUCUUAUGGAAUUGAAUCAGUUCAGCAUCACAAACACCCAGUGUAUCACCCCACACUCCCUGUACAACGCAGCAAACCUUCCGGAGGCCGUCCAACUCGUCAACAAAGACAUGGAGUGGGAACAGAUUGAGAGGGUCAAGCCAAACAGGAAAGUGCAGUAUAUCUCUUCUGAAAAGUCCAUUGCCUCGUUACUUGUACAGAACUACCACACCUUGUCAAAACAGAAGAAAGAUCUCAUCUUGAACAUUGUUGGAGAUGUUCAUUCAAAAUCAGUCGGGGAUACUCUUCAGUCCAACAAACAAUGCAUUCCACAUUUCACAAGUCAGCAGAAACAGCUGAUCUGGACCAGCCCCGUCUUCAUGUACCCCGAGCUGCUCCCCCACGGGGCAUUUCUGUUCAGGGAGGAUGUGGACCGCUCAAACAGGAGGGUGAUGUUUACAGAAUCAGAGGACAGGCUAAUGGUUCUUGGAUUAGACCAGUUUAAGCAUCUGCCAUAUUUCCACCAGCUCAUUAGGAAAUUUCUUCUUCCGAGUAAAACAGAGGAGCAAAUCAGAGUCCGCAUCAAGAAUAUGACUAGCUCUAAAGCUUCUCAAAAUAUUAUCAAGAACUUCAAACUGACAAAGAAGUUGCCUGAGUUUCCUCGUUUCACUGGAGUGUUUUCUUCGUGUGAUAUGAUGCCCCCAAGGGAUCAACCAACCGAGAAACUGCCAACAUGGUGCAAGGAGCUGAAGAUCCGUGAGAUCCUGGCCAGCAGUGACGAGGAAGUGGAGAGGAGGGCGAGUAUACAGAGGUCCUCCAGCGUCAAUCUCCCCGUGGAGUCUGCAGGCAAACAAAUGAUUGAUGACUCCAGAUCUAACUCGGCUCCUGCUACACCUAUGACUGCAUCACAGGACCCAAAUCAAAUCCAAACUUUGGUCGUAUCCCCACUCCUGACCCCAGAGAAGUCCAGCCUCUCCACUGUUUCCAGUACAUCUACACCUGUGUUACUGACAUCAGGAUCAACACAGGAUGAAGCACUGCCUCUGAAUGCAAUUCUACUGACAAAUAAGUCACUUUCUUUAGCCGGAGAAUUAAGUUUAUCCUUAUCCAGUACUUCUGGACUUACCAAGUCAAGCAGCCAAGCACUCAAUCUGUUAUCUAGUCCCAGUGUUUCGUAUGUUGGCACACAAAGCUUAGAGUCACCUUUGACAUCAAGUGCUCUACCAGCUGUUACAAGCCAACUCACUAAUUUAGUUUCAGUGUCAUCAGAUCAUUAUGUCAAUGAAUUGAGCAAACAAACAACAACUGCCCCUCUGUUGGACAGCAGUCAAACUGUGUAUGUACAAACCACAGCAAUACAGACUCACCCAGGUGCAAUAGUGACCGAUUCUAUGGAAUCAAGUCAACCUUUUACAACAUCAUCAUAUCAAAGCAUGCCUAUCAUCAGUUGUCAGAAACACACAUCUAGCACAUCGUCGUCUCAGAGUCGUAACUUGCCAACCACUCUGCCUCCACUUGGAGAUAAACCAGUGACUUGUGGUAGAGCUGUCUCGGACUUGUGGUCAGACGGUGAUUCGGGAACCGUCAGCUCUUCCUUUGAGAGUACUCAAGAGGUGAUCACCAGUGACAUCAAGAGUACCUCUAAUUCCCAGACAGAGCGAUGUAUUUCUCCAGACACGAUUGAACCAACAGUGAAGAUGAAGAAGACUGACAGUAAUGACGCUGAAAAUCUCAAAUGCAGCACGAAUCAAAGUUUUAAAGAAUCUCACGAGUCUCUGAACAAUACCAAGAAAGUUCCAUUUUCACCUGGAUUUAUUCCCCUUCAUCAAGAGAGUGGACAGAGUGAACUCCUGGGGAACCCAGGCAGUCCGAUAUUGAUACGAGUGAUGGACAGUGUUUCUGGUAGCUCCACAGACAAAGGCAAAGAGCAGAACUUGUCAGUGACAGAAACCAAUUCCAAUCAGAAUGCAGUUGUUUGUGAAAGUGAUUUUGAUACUGAACAAAGGGAAAACAAAGGAAAGACAACAAGUCAAAGCACUGUGGGAAAUGUGUUUUUCAGUGACAACAUGAUCCAAGAUUCCAGUUCCUUUCAUAGUGUGUCUGAUGUUUCAGACAACAGUCAUGAUACUACACUGGUAGCUUCUGGAAACAGUUCAGUAAGUUCUCCAAGGCCAGUGAAAAUAUUGACUGAAACAAAGACUCAUUCAGCAUCUGUUGGAAAGGCUACAAAUGUAGUGUCACCCAGACCAGUGAACAAUGCUGGACCCUCAGUAAACACUCCUUCUACAGUUCAAGAGAAAAUACAGACAUCGGAACAUACCCAGCCACAAAGGUUACUAGCAAUACCAAUUGAAAAUAGAUUUAAUGUGAACAAACUUACGCCAACUAAACUUCCUGUUGACCACGACCAAGGCAACCCUAACAGGUCCCAGCUCAUUGGAACAAUGAGCAGUAUUUCCUCAGCACAGCCGAAACCUGUGGCUUCUGGAGGCUCAAUGAAAUCAGCCCUGCAAAUUGUAGCUGCUUAUUCUUCUCUAAUGAUCUCUCCUAAAAGAGGGCCAUCAAAAUUUGCACAAAAGGCUCUCGAGACAACACCUGUGAAGAGCAAAUAUCGCCCUCUUGCUCCCAAGCCCUGCACAUCUCCAGCUAAAGCAGUGAGUCCAUAUUUGACCCCUCGUAAAAGUCCAAGAAAAAGUCCCAGAAGGCAGCAACUGCAGAAACAAGCCCGGGCAAUCUGUCCCAAGGGACUGGUAGUGAAAAUGGUGAUAUCUCCAUCAAAGAAAGCGGCUUCACAAAUUAUGAACAGAGUCCUGGGGAAAACUCAGUGUAAGAUACUGCCACGUCCCCCGUGUGUCAACAGAAGUAACCUCCAAAUAUCACCCGGGGGAAGCUUAUCCAGCAAGUCUCCAGUCUCGGUGAAGGCAGCAGUAGAUGAAACAGAGACUGAGGAGGAAGGCAUGGAGACGGCCAGUGAAUGUGAUACAGUGGAGUCUGAAUACUUGUCCGAUGAAGUACUUGAUGAUGUUUCACAGCAGAAAAAGCAGUCUGCUCGCAAAAAUCUCCAAAAGAAGUUCCACAAACAUCGGGAGCAGCGUAAUUCGGUGGAGAGUGAUGAUACGGAGGUGGAGGAUCCGAACCUAUACGACAGCCAGGACGAUAAUGAAGACGACUCGGAACACCUGGCCGACCUAAUGGCCGCCAGCACCACCAUCAAGUUUAACCCAAAGACCAUCCUGUCUAAAGAUCCUAAAGACCUGUCAAGUAAAACCAAAAGACGGAAAGAUGCAACACUGGCAAUGUUAGCUCCAGACAUUGUAGACACAGACCCGCAGAAAGACGACCGAGACACAGCCUUUGCUCAGGCCUAUCUCACCAAGGCAGCUGAGGCUUUGAAAGAUGAUUUCACCACGUACGAACAGUUCCUUAAGUUGUUGUAUGAGUUUGGGAGAUCGGAACAGUCACCUGUCAAGCUAUACAAAGAGAUGACAGAAGUUUUGAGGAAUUACCCAGACUUGAUGGAGGAUUUUUCGGCAUUCCUUUCUCCUAGCCAGGCUGUGGAAUGUGGAUGCUUUAUGGAAAACCUAAGAUUCCGGAGAGCCAGGACAUUUCUGCGAAAGCUAGAGGUGUAUGCUGAGAGACAUCCCUCCCACUACCAGAAGAUCAUGAAAAUCCUGACCAGGUGGAGCCCGGGCUCGCGGGAGGAUGACCGGGCACUGAAGGAAUCCCUGGAGCCUGUGCUGAAGUCCCAGCCUCACCUCUUGGAUGAUCUGUCCCUGUUCUUCGAAGAGGAAAAGCCCCCAGACAGUUAUAUGACAGAGUUUGAGGAGAUUACUCUGGGAGACAGUGAUGAAGAGGAUGGUUUUAAGUUUGAUGAAUUUGAGGAGGUUGUUAUCCCAGAGGAUGAGAAUCCUGAUGGUACCAAGAAGUGCAUGUGUACUUGCCACCAAAAUCCCAAUGCCAAAAACUUCCACAUGAGGAACAUCCAUUGUACCAACUGCUGCCUGAAGGUGAUAGAUGGAGAGCUGUAUUACAGAAUCAAUAGACAGGUUCUGAAGAAGGUGAGGGUCAAGUACCACCCUGAGGGGAAGCCACGCCCUGUCCCACAGGACGAGGAGGAGGAGUGUGUGACAGUGAAGGCAGAGCCAAUGACCCCCGCCCAGUGGGGGGAGGAGGAUGAAGAGGUAGCAGAGAAGGAGAACGUUCAAAUACUACCCCCCAAAAGCGUGGGGAUUAAGUUAAAAAUAUCCAGCAAAAAGAAAGGAAAACAUGGUCGUUUCUUCUCCAUCAACGAAAUGGCCGAAUCUCCAGUUAAGAAAAUCACAAGCUCCAGUACAACUGCUGCAACCGGUGACAACCAGACCUCACAUUCAGAAAGCUUACCAUCCACAUCAGAGCCGCCAUCUGAAGAAUGUUCUGAAGUCAGUGAAGAAAGAGAAUCUAGUUCACUUUUAAGAAGAAAUGAUCCAGAGAGCGUGGAGGAAAAUUCAGAAGGUUUCCAGCUUAGUGGUGGUUUGCCGGAUUUGAUUCCUCAUCAGGACCAGAUGCGGCACGAAGAGACCAGUGAGACCAAUGCAGGAAAACAGUGUGUUAAAAUUGAGGAGACUUCUCCAUUAUCUAGUGUUUCUAAGGCUGUAAAAGUGACAGUCACAGCAGACAGCAAUGAGGACUUUGCAGGUGCUAUAAUAUCUAUUCCAAACACAGAAACACCAAAGAAGAAUUCGGAGAAAGAAUUUACCAUCAGUUCAUGGAUGGAGACUGCUAAUUUGACUCCACAGAAAACAGCCCCAUCAGCUGUUGAGGAGAUUGCCAUUGACGGACAUACUUCUUAUGUUGAUUGUAAAGACAGUACAAGUUCUGACCUGCUUGCCAAAGCAGUGCGUGAGGCCAUGAUAAGUCACUCUGAUGUGUCUCUGUCUGUAGAUGCCUCACAGCUGGGUAGAAAUGUACACAGUAUGUCUAGUCCAUCAAAAUCUGCAGCAUCCUCAUCAAACCAGAAUUUGGGAUUUUCGUUGAUUACUGAAAUGAACAAUAAAACAUCUAACUCAGAUACAAACAUUUCUGUAAGUGCAAAAGAACAGAGACAAAUAACUGUUACAAUUCCUGCAAAUACAGAGAAAAAGAAAACAGGUGAAAAAAGACGCAUUGUGCCCAAACCUGUGACAGAAGAGACAAGUUGUGUGUCACCAGCAUUUUCAAUGUCCAGCAUAGACAACAUGGGAUUCCUCAAGAGUCCUACAGACUCCAAUCAAAUCAUUGCAUACACAAAUUCCCCAGUGUUUUACAGUGAUCAAUCUAAUCCAUCUCCCAUGCCAGCGGUCAGUAAAAAGGUGAGCCCAAAUCCUAAAGCCCUCACCACAGAGUCAAGAAACAGGUCAUUAGCCUGUGAAGAAAGUGACCCAAACAGAACUCAGUCUCUCUCAAAGAGUGUAGGAUCUCCAUCUGCAACCAUUAUUUCCAGUGUUGUGGGCUUUGGCCCAGGUGAUGAAUCUGUAAAAGCUUGUGCUAGUCAGGAAUCUGGUGGUUUGCAAGGGGCAAGAGAGACAACUCCAAGUCUGCAGUUUGCAUGGACAAGAGAUAUGGAUAAAGUGAUUCUAGAAAGUGUGAAGAUUCAUGGUCCUGGGUCAAAAACAUUUGAGGACAUUUCUAAAGGAUUUCCUGGAUCCACCGCAGCACAAGUGAUAGAAAGAUUCCACACUCUGCUUGAGAUGUUGGCAGACGAGACUCCCAGUGAGGAAGACACAACAGAGGAAACCACAGAGUCUUCAAGCUGACAAAAGACACAGACUUAUUCAUCAAGCUGACAAAAGACACAGACCAGUCAUCCAGCUGACAAAAGACACAGACCAUUCAUCCAGCUGAAAUAUAAAGCAUCUAGACCAAAUCAAGCUGAAGACCUUGCUAGUCUCUUGGCACAGAACUUUCUUGUUUAUUUACUUUGAAUUGAGAAAAUGUUAAGAAUAUUAAAACAAUCAUGCAUUAGAUUUUUUUUAAAAACUAUUGUUAUUGUGUUAUUUGCUUUUAAUUUUUAAUGUAAAAGAGUUUGUUGUUCAAAUUGAGUUUAUUGUUCAAAUUACAUCAUUUUAAAAAGAGACUUGGUAAGUAUUAUGAGUUGUUUUGUAAUUUGGAUGUGAUGUUGUCCCCCCCCCCCCCCCAUAUUCCCCCCAUAUUUGUACAUGUUGAUGAAUGUUUUAUGUGCUAAAUGUUUUCUUUUGAACUGCAUAUAGAAAUCUAUUAUAUAAUAUAUGAGUGCUUGAUUGUUACUUCAUUAUAUUGAAUUGAAAUAUAUACAUUUAAAUCAUGACGUUCAUUAAGACAUUUUUUUUUUACCAGGUUCUGAGAUUUUUGGUCAUGAAUUAAUAGUUUGCAUUGCCACUGUUGAAAACGUUGGUACGGCUUGUUAAUUUAUUGUGAAAUAAAGUAAUUUGAUGUGUA